GAGACAUUGUCCAUUUUACUACAUCGGCAGUCUCUUCGCCCUUUUGAGACUUGUCUUACUCAGUUGCCCUUAUUUCGCCCUCGCGUCAGUCACGGUCCAUCACCAAACUUUCAAUCAGACAAGCCAUUGCACCACCUGUUUCUAUCACCAUCCUGAGUUUUCUUCACAUGAUUUCACAGUCUUGGAUGCGAAAGAAUACUAUCAAGGUCUAACAUUCAUUGUUCAGUACCUAGCCGUUACUGUCAAAGCAGGUUUCGCAGACAUGAUCCGCCUGGGCUAGACUGCCUCAACGUUCCUGGGUGCCUUGUGCCUACGCAUUUGGAGUCUGUCCUCUUGUGUAACAACUACUACAUGAUCCCCGCAAACUCAAGAUCAGACCUCUGUGUUUGGACUGCCAGUCUCAUCUCCAUCUUUAGACUAAAUUCUCAGGUUUCGCCGUCACUCAAACAUUUACCACACCCUCUUUCACAAUCACAUAUCCGACCAUCUGUCCAUGAGUCUGUUCGUCUAGCUUUCCCUGCUGGCUCAACCCGCGAACAUCAUUCAACCUCACAUCCAUCUUUUCUGGAUAGCCAAGCAAACUUGACUUUCAAGGCACAGUCUCUGACCCAGAAAAGCCGGCGGUUGACACGGCUCAAACCACGAUUGGUAGAUUGUCACAUAAGACCGCGUCGGGUCACGACUUAUUCAUCAAACCACGUCGAUCUCAUUCUUGAACCCAUCAUGCCUCCAACACACAGCUCCCAGGGUUUUGUUGACUUGACUGCCGACUACGAGGCCGCCAUUGAUCUUGACCUUGACUCCGUUGACUCACCAACAAGUGAGACGAGGAGCACUCCAGACGUCGUCAUCACAGCCACCAACGAAUCGCCGACUGGCAGACCGCACCCUCAGUCCUCAGGGAGUGGCACUAGCGACGCAAUUCUCCUUCUCGACGACGAUGACGAUUACUCACUGCCUGAGUCUCCUGUGUAUGCGCCCAGUGGCCUCGCAUCGGAUCAAACAACCAUCAGAAAUCGGAGCAUUGGGGAUACAAACACACCCGUUUUCCUUGGCAGAGGCGAAACCAUGUACUCACGGUGCUCUAUCAUCGGGGCUGUUAAAGACGGCAUUGCCCGCAAAGCCAAUAGGGCCAAAAAUAUCGAGGAAGCCAAGGAUAUCUGCUUCAAAGAAAUCAUGUGCCUGAAAGGCGGCGGACCUACCGAUCUUGGAAAGAAAUGGGCUGGGAGCGAGACGAGGAAGCAGCAAGAUGGUCAGGUCCAAGAUAACCCAACUCGACCAGUGAGCAGUAACGACAAUACCAACACAGUGGGGAUCCCGAUCAGACAGUCACUGCGUAAAGGUACUGAUCCAAGUUCAUCUGCCGCGAAUCCAGCACCUAUUGACUUGACAGAAAAUAUCUUAAACCUUGACUCGGACGAAGAUGAAGACCUUCGCCGCGCAAUUGCUCUGUCUCUAGAAACGCCAAACAACCCUACCUCUGAUCAUGAAAAGUCUGGAUCGCCACCACAGAGAUCACAAGAUACUGUGCGAAACAAUGUAACCCAGACACUCACCAUGUCAAACACCAAUGUUGCGGGAGAUGGAUUGAACCCUGGUGCUCUGUCAACUUCAGCCACCACCUUCAAUCUGCAGACACUCAACCGUCAUCAGAUGGAGCAAGAGCGUCAAGCCAGACUAAAGCGGAAGCGGACAGAUCAACAGCCGGGCGACAGUUCGCUUGAUGCCCGUCGGCGGGACAUAACGUCUGAGAAUGGACAACAUAAUUCGAGGACUGCCAGUCCAGCCAGCGUCUCCCCUCCACCCGUCAGAAGACGACUCACGGCUGGUGGUGUUGCUGCGACUCAAUUGAUGUCCAUUGAUACCAGUUCAUCGAACCUCAGACACAGCCUCGAAGCCAGUCGCGAUAGCUUCUACCCUGCUGGUCGCGUGCUCCAAACUUACAUUGCCGGGUUUCCGUCCACAAACACGAUAUCUUUCAGUCAAGUCGUCGGUCCGAAAGAGAGUUUGACCUCAUGUCUACUGUCCAGCUUCAUUUGGGAUUUUGACUGGCUGCUACCUCAUUUUGCAACGACUCGGACCAAGUUCCAGCUUGUGAUGCAUGCAAAAACGCCCCCACAGCGUGAAGCACUCCGCCAGGAUUUCGAGGGUGUGCCCAAUGUCCGACUCUGCUUCCCACCCAUGGACGGGUUGGUCAAUUGCAUGCACAGUAAAUUGAUGCUCUUGUUCUAUGAUGCAGACGACAUGGACGGCCAGCAGACCACAGAACCAUGUAGUGGCACCUCCUGGGCGGGUCCUCGCUGUCGCGUCGUGGUCCCAACGGCUAACCUCACCUCGACCGACUGGGGAGUUGGGGGUGUCAUGGAAAAUACGGCGUUCAUCAUCGACCUGCCUAUGAUAAGGGCGUGUCAGCAGGACCAUGUCAAAAAUGGUAACAAUGCAACGAGACCAGACCUCUACGGUAAGCAUGAUCAGACAGCUUUCCACAGAUCCCUCUCUUCAUUCUUGCGGGCGCAGAUGGUGCCAGAAGAUGUCAUUGACAAACUGGGGCGGUUCGACUUCACGAAGACUGAACAACUCGGCUUCGUGCAUACCGUGGGCGGGGCACACACAGGGCGACAAUGGCGUGAUACAGGAGUCUGUGGCUUGGGUCGUACUGUCAAGGAAUUAGGACUCGGGACCGACGAGAACAUCCAAGUCGACAUUGUGGCCUCGUCCAUGGGCAGCCUCAAUAACGACUUUGUCGCUUCGCUCUACUUUGCAGCCCAGGGUGACGAUGGUAUGAAGGGGUACUUGCAACGGACCACAAAGACGAGCGUUGCGGUGGGCCGGAGCUCAACUGUCGGGCGUGGUUGGCACUCCAACCUACGACUAUACUUCCCUAGCGAUACUACUGUUAGAGCCUCCAAGGGUGGGCCUGGCUGUGCAGGUACAAUAUGCACGUCGCAGAAAUGGUUUGAUGGCAGUCAAUUUCCAAGAGACCUCGUUAGAGAUUGUAUCUCAAGCCGAGCUGGGUUACUCAUGCAUAACAAGGUGGGUCGAACGUUGCAAGUUCGCCGGACUCCUGAGUUCUGGGCUCCAGAGGCACUGACCCUUCACAGAUGAUUUUUGUACGAUUCCCAUCUCCUGUUGACACUGGCAAGAAUGUCAAAAUUAGAGGCUGGGCUUAUGUUGGCUCUGCUAAUGCGUCUGAAAGUGCAUGGGGGCAACUUGUCCAGGACAGGAAUGGAAAGAGUCUUAAAUUGAACUGUCGCAACUGGGAGUGUGGAGUCAUCGUUCCAGUCUCUGCAGAGAACGAGGAGAUGUCUGGUGAACACGAGCAGGUUGUAGAUGAAGGAAAGGACUCCUUGAGGGCAGUGUUUGGUGGGACAGUGCCUGUGCCUAUGAGAUAUCCCACAGGACUGGUCGCACAGGACGGAGGCAGACCUUGGUUUUUUUCGGGGUUCUCGCGGCAUUGACUCAGAUAUGAGUUGAUAGGACUGCUUGAGCUGGACAGUGUUAGCUUUCGGUAGAUCCCUCCCACACGAGUAGAGUUCUAGAUCUUUGACGGAGCGGAUUGCUCCAACCCUGCUACAGA